CGGCGACGGAGAUCCAUAGUUUACUUCUCGCACCGGCGUUUAGUGGAUUUAUUGGAGCAUUACACGGAUCUUCUGAAACAAUAUGGAUCCUCGUCAAUUCGAACACACCGUUGUUGAUGAUAAUGAUAUUCACAGCAUUGUAAUGUCAUAUCUUCUGCAUAACUGCUUCAACGAAACUGCGGACUCACUUGCUUCUUGCACUGGAGUUAAGCAACCCGCAAUUGAUCGUGAUAACUUGGAGAGAAGAAAACAAAUAAUACAUUUUAUACUGGAGAGGAAAGCGUUGAAGGCUGUUGAACUAACUGAACAACUAGCACAAGACUUGCUUGAGAAAAACAAGGAUUUGCACUUCGAUCUUCUAUGCCUUCAUUUUGUCGACCGAGUCUGUGCUGGGAACUGCACAGAAGCUCUUGAAUUUGCUCAGACAAGAUUGGCUCCUUUUGGGAAGGUCCCAAAAUAUGUAGAAAAGCUUGAAGACGUAAUGGCAUUGCUGGCUUAUGAAGACCCUGAGAAAUCCCCAAUGUUCCAUCUUUUGAGCUCUGAAUACCGACAACAGGUUGCUGAUAAUCUGAACCGCACGAUUCUUGAACACACAAACCACCCAAGCUACACACCAAUGGAAAGGAUCAUACAACAGGUGACAGUUGUGAGACAAUACUUGACUGAGGAGAAUGGCAAAGAUGCGUUUCCUCCAUUCUCUCUCAAGGAUUCUCUCAAAGGCUAAGAUCGCAGGACUACUCCAAAGUUUGCUAGGAGGAGGAUAUGCUAAGCAUUGUCAUGUAUAUACAAAAAAAAAACUUGCUUAUCUCCUUUGUUUAAAUCUGUCUUCAUCUCCAGCAAACAUGGAGACAAGGUUAGUCUUCCAUGGCCACAGGAGGGGUUUCGGUUUGCUGUUGCAAGAGAUCAAUAUUGUGAAGGACAGUUUCGGCUUGGUUUGGUUGGGUUCGGUUCAGUUCUCUACCAGAAAUUGUUUCCUCAACUUUGUGUGAGUUUAAUCGAUAAAAUCUGUAAUCCAUA